UCUGCAUAGGGGAGAUUUUCAAAGCCUGGGCCCAAGGUUAUGCUACUGAUAGUGGACACAAAGGGUGCAGAACUUCCCACUAGGCAGAACUCCUAAGAUAAGUACAAAACUAACAAAGUCAACUCAGCAACUGUGCAAAAAAGCACAGCCUCGCUUGCUUGUGAUGGUGUCUCCAGCGAUUGCUCUGGCCUUCCUCCCCUUCAUUGUCACCCUGCUGAUCCGGUACCGGCACUACCUCAUGCUGCUAUACCGGGCAGUGCUGGUGGCCUGGCUGCGGGACCGGCUCACUGGCACCUCACGGGAGCAGCGUGCCUUCCAGUACCUGCUGGCCCAUGCCAUCCCUGGGGACCCUCACCACAUCCUCCAGACCUUCGAUCAGUGGUGCUACCACUGUGAGCACCUCAGCUGUGUGGGGCCUGACAAAGGGCGGAUCGUGGAGCGGGUGCUGUUGGAGCGGGCACCACUGCGGGUGCUGGAGCUGGGCACAUACUGUGGCUAUGGCACCGUGCUGCUGGCACAGGGGCUGCCCCCAGGUGCCCGCCUCUACACCAUCGAGGGGGACCCCCGACACGCUGCUGUGGCCGAGAAGGUCAUCCGCCUGGCCGGCUUCAGUGAGCAGACGGUGGAGCUGAUUGUGGGCCCCUCGGAGGAGGUGAUACCCCGCCUGCGGGAGAAGCAUGGCCUGAUGAAUGCCAACUUGGUCUUCAUGGAUCACUGGAAACGCUGCUACCUGCGGGAUCUACGGCUGCUGGAAAGCCACCAGCUGCUAGCUGAGGGGGCCACCAUCCUAGCUGAUAAUGUCCUCUUCCCUGGGGCACCUCACUUCCUGCAGUAUGCCAAGACAUGCGGCAAAUACCACUGCAAGGUGCACCGUGCUAGCCUGGAGUACUUCCGCGCCAUUCCUGAUGGUAUCGCCGAGCUCCGCUACACCGGUACCCGCUGAGCGGGCGGCGAGCUUCUGCCUUGUGGUGGCCACAGUUACUGCAGGAGUGCCAGGUCCCCAACCCCCUGCCUUGGCUUCAACAUGAACUCUGGAGAAAAGGCAGUAGUUGCUGUGGUCUGUGGUGGGGGGCAAUGGGUAAUGAGGGGCUCAUUCCCUGUAGUGCUUCUGCCUGCACUGCACAGGGAGAUCUGCUAGGUGCACCAGUGAAUGGUGGGGAGCA